GGGAUAUGGGAAAAUGGGCGGGUAUCCAUCCCCGACCCAUCCCUGAUGGGGAUUUAACCAAUAUCACCUACCCGACCCAACGGGUAGAAAAAAUGGAGAAACUCCAUAUAUUUAGGUCGGGUCUCAUGGGUAUCCACUGGAUAAGUUAUCCGUUGCCAUCAUAGAUAGGAGAAGUAGGGAGAAAUGGGGUGCUGUGAGUUGCUACUUCUCCAAACCACCAUUAAUAUGGGAAGCAGAGCUUUGCUUCUUCUCAGACCAACAACAUCGACGAAGGACUUGUAUUUCAAAGGCCGCUUUUUAUCAGAAGCCCUUAUUCCGGAGAAGAGGAGGAUCCGAAGCUACUCGGUUCGGUCUACAAUUCACCCCCCUGAUUUGCCUCGUUUGGCCGAAACUGCUCGCAUCUCUCUCACCCCAGAUGAAGUUGAAGAGUUUGCUCCAAAAAUUCAACAAGUGGUAGAUUGGUUUGGACAACUUCAAGCAGUUGAUCUCCAAAGUAUUCAGCCAGCCAUUGGGGCAGAUACUGAAGGUGAAAAUUUGCGUGAUGAUAUGCCUGAAACAUUUGAGAACAGGGAUGCCAUGAUAGCCGCUGUUCCAAGCUAUGAGGAACCAUUUAUCAAAGUUCCCAAAGUCCUGAACAAGGAGUAAUGCUGUUUAGAGAAGGAAGAGGAAUUCGCUCAAAGCACGUGUGUGACACCUCAAGAAUGGCGGUAAUUUGAUUCAAAGAAAUUUUUAUUUCCUUUUUAGGCAGAACAAUUUGUGGGAUUAAACUGAACCAUGUAAUUUGCCUGUAAUGUUAAGCAUUCAACAAUAGAGGAAAGAUCUUUAAAUGACGCAAUGAUGAUUUUGGCUUCCGUUA